AAAAAUAAAAAUAAUAAUAAUAUAUUAUUAUUAUAAUCAUUAUACAAAUCAUUUUACACCAUUAAAUAUAUAUUAAAUUGAGCAUGAGAUGUAUUUUCUCUACAUGCAAAAAUCAUACAAACAAAAAGGAGUGAUUUAAGCAGGAAGUGAGGACUCAUUUAGUUCAAUUAAUUCAGUCAAUAACUUUACCGUGAAUGUAGAUUGAGAUGCUUGCUGAUCUAUACUAUAUAUAAAUCAUGAGUGUCAUAAGUAGAAAUAUGACUGUACUUCCUGUGGGUAAAUAGAAACGUGGCUUGUGUGCAUAAAACUUCCUCUGUAAUGUGGCACAGGUGCAAGAACAGCAGCACAUGUUCCGUAGUGCAUCAACUAUAUAGAAACGGUUUACAUCUUUAUUCUUAAAAGAUUUCUAGAUUCUAAUCUGUAAUCUAAACUAAUACUGAAGCGUUUUUGUGUCUCUUUUGGAAGUCUGAGCAGCAAUGGGAGGUAUUGUAGAAGAUCGAGAGACGGCAGGUGCCCCAGAUGGCGGAUGGGGCUGGGUUGUUCUUUUAGGAGGUUUUGUCAUCACUGGCUUCUCAUAUGCCUUCCCAAAAGCUAUAAGUGUUUAUUUCAAAGAACUGAUGCAUGACUUUGGCUGUGGAUAUAAAGACACAGCCUGGAUUUCAUCAAUAAUAUUGGCUAUGCUCUACGGUUCAGGUCCCAUUUCCAGCAUCAUGGUCAAUAAGUUUGGAUGCCGUCCAGUCAUGUUGGUUGGAGGAUUAUUGGCCUCACUUGGGAUGAUAAGUGCAUCUUUUGCUACCAGCAUUAUCCAUCUUUACAUCACUGCGGGUGUCAUCACAGGUCUUGGACUGGCAUUGAACUUCCAACCAUCACUGAUUAUGCUGGGGGCUUAUUUUGACAAGCGCAGACCACUUGCCAAUGGACUGGCGGCAGCUGGAAGCCCCGUAUUUCUGUCAGCCCUGUCUCCGCUAGGACAAUUACUGCUCGAUCAGUAUGGAUGGAGAGGAGGCUUUCUCAUUACCGGUGGUCUUCUGCUCAACUGCUGCACAUGUGGUGCUGUUAUGAGACCCCUGAAACUUAAAGAAAGGAAAGCCUGUAAUCAAGAGCUGAAGGAAAUGCUGCCUCCUGAGGCUGGACAGGAGAAUAUAGUUUGUGAAAACAAUAACGAUAAAAAGCCCAGUAAAAAGAAGCUUCUGGACUUCAGCGUACUUCGUGACAAAGGGCUUAUUAUCUAUAUUAUUGCAAAAUUUAUAGUUGUUCUUGGUUUAUUUGUUCCGACUAUUCUCUUAGUCAACUAUGCUAAGGACCAAGGAGUGCCUGACAAGGAGGCUGCCUUUUUGUUGUCUAUUAUUGGAUUUAUUGACAUCUUUGCUCGUCCUACUUGUGGCGUUGUGGCAGGUUUAAAAUGGGUCCGACCCAAGAUGUCAUAUUUCUUCAGCCUGGCCUUGCUCUUCAAUGGCCUGACAGAUGUGUGUUCAGCUACGAGCACAGACUACAAGGGGCUGAUUAUCUUUUGUGUGUUUUUCGGCCUGUCUUAUGGCAUGGUGGGAGCUCUACAAUUUGAAGUGCUGAUGGGUAUUGUGGGAACAAGCAAGUUUUCUAGUGCAUUAGGCCUAGUGCUCCUCUUUGAGGCAGUGGCUGUGCUGAUUGGACCUCCCUCUGCUGGUUAUUUGGUGGAUAAAUACAAGAACUAUGAACUGAUUUUUUACAUGGCUGGCGGAGAGCUGAUCACUGCUGGAAUAUUUCUGGCCCUUGCUUCAUUCUGCUGUAUUAGCCAAAAGAAACGCAAAGACUCGCCACAAACACAGCAGACAUAUGUGGAAGUCAAUCCUGAAAGAUAAACAGUAAAGAGAUGUUUUUGUUUUUGCAGUGGGACAUUUUGUUUAGCUAUUUAUGUUAUUGUAAUGAGUGUCUUGUUACAUGAGCGUAUUUAGAUUUUCUAAUUCCUGCAUAUUAAUUUGUAUUAUUUUACAAAUCAGUGAGAACAUAUUUGAUUAUGGUUCAACGAAUAAAAUGUCUAAGGUAAUAAAAUGAAAAGCAAGA